AUGGACGUGGAAGCGCCACUCACACCGCCGCUGGCGCCGCGCGGCAAGGGGAUGCACUGGCUCCUCGUGGCGAUCAACUGCGGGAUGCUCGCGCUGGGGAACACCGCCGGGCCGCUCCUCACCCGCCUCUACUACAGCAAGGGCGGUCACCGGCAGUGGCUCUCCGCGUGGCUCGAGACCGCCGGCUGGCCGCUGCUGCUGAUUCCCGUGCUGGCGUCCUACGUCGCCCGACGGGCGCGCGACCCCAGCGCGCCGCUGCUCCUCACCCGCCCGCGGAUACUGCUCGCCGCCGCGGGGCUCGGGCUCGCCACCGGCGCCGACAACUUCCUCUACGCCUACGGCCUCUCCUUCCUGCCGGUCUCCACCUCCGCCAUCCUCAGCUCCACGCAGCUCGCCUUCACCGUCUUCUUCGCGUUCCUCAUCGUGCGGCAGCGGCUGACGGCCUUCUCCGUCAACGCCGUGGCGCUGGCCACGAUCGGUUCCCUGGUGCUGGCCCUGCACGCAUCCUCGGAUCGCCCAGCCGGGGUGAGCAGGGAGCAGUACUGGCUGGGCUUCUUCCUCAGUCUCGGCGCCGCGGCGCUCUACGGGCUCGUGCUGCCGCUCGUCGAGCUCACCUACAAGCGCGCCGCGGGCGGCGGCCGCGUGGUCACGUACGCGCUGGUGGUCGAGAUGCAGCUGGUCAUGGCCCUCUUCGCCACCGCGUUCUGCACCGUCGGCAUGGUCGUCAACAACGAUUUCCAGGCGAUUGUGACAGAAGCGCGGGCAUUCGAGCUAGGGGAGGCGCGGUACUACACGGUGUUGGUGUGGAGCGCCAUCCUGUGGCAAUUCUUCUUCCUCGGCAACGUGGGUGUCAUCUUCUGCGUCCACACGCUCUUCACCGGGAUCCUCAUGGCGGCAUGCAUCCCAGUGACGGAGGUGUUGGGCGUCCUCUUCCUCCAUGAGAAGUUCAGCAGCGAGAAGGGUGUGGCACUCGUGUUGUCCCUCUGGGGCCUCGCCUCCUACUCCUACGGUGAGUACACUGAGGCCCACGCCAACAAGAAGAAAGUGGCCUUGUCCGAAGCCCAAAUUUCCUAGCCUCCGGGGCAUCUUCCUGUGGGGCAUAUUCGGUGAUCGGAAGAUAACGGUGGCUUUGGACAU